AUGGUACUGCAGUCUCGUCCUGCCUCCGCCUCUCUGUGGGGUGUCGUCUCCCUCCAGUCUCUCCCACUCCAAGUCUUCAUGGACGGAGCGCUAUCACCGCACGAGCUCCUUCAUCAGACCGAGCGAGGAGGACACGUGGAGUGGAGACUCCGGCUCGCCCCGCAAGAGCCAGGAGGGCCGCACAUUAUUGAAGUGGUUGCUGGGGAGGAGAGGAUCGCUCUAAGAGAUGUGUUGUUCGGGGACGUGUUCCUCUGCAGCGGACAGAGCAAUAUGCAGAUGUCAGUCGUGGACGCGAUGCCGGAAGACAUUCAUGGAUACUCGUGGGAUUUCCCUAGGAUUAGAAUCCUUACAACAGAUCCGUUUCCAUUCUCGUCUAAAACCUCGUCUCAGCAGCACAAACUUCCCUUGCUGCAUUCAUGGAGGCUUGUGACUGCAGAGAAUGUGUUCGGCCCUUCUUGUGGAGCUACAGGAUGGAGAGACUGUUACUUUUCAAGCGUGUGCCUCUUCUUUGGUAUGAGGUACCACAAUGUCAGUGGACACCCUGUGGGACUGAUAGCAUCGGCAACGGCGGGCACACCGAUAGAGUACUUCAUGCCGAGACAAGAGUUGGAAUCCUGCAACAAGAGUGAAAUCCAAGGGCACCAUCCGAUGAAUGUCUUCCAUCCGCACGGUUUUGGACCGAUACAGGGUGACGGCGUUCUGUUUGCUAACGUGAUUUCUGCUUUGUCCCCUAUGUCGGUGAGAGCAUUCCUUUGGUAUCAAGGAGAAAGCAACGCCAACGAUCCCGAAGGCUAUCGCUGUCUCUUCCCGGGUCUGAUUCGAGGCUGGAGGAGGGUUUUCUCCGACGACGGAGCGAGCAUUCCAUUCCUGAGUGUUGGAUUGGCUGCAGAUGUAAACUUUGCUGGGCUGCUGCCUGAAAUUCGUCAGGCGCAGACUUUUGCUACAAAGAUGGAGAAUGUCUUCGUGGUCCCAGCAUAUGAUCUGGGAGACGUGGAAUCUCCUUUAGGUCCAAUCCAUCCAAGGAGAAAGAAGGAAGUCGGCUUGAGGCUGGCACGAGUUGCCAUCGGUGUCUUUCAUGGGAGCCUUGAUUCUGCUGUUGCUCCGGAGGUGACCUCUAUCACAGUCUCAGUGUGGAACAGCUCUGCGAUGAGGAGCUUGAAGGUGGGCACGAUAUCGAGAUAUUAUUCUCGAUGGGUUCUGGAAGAACAAACGCCAGAUUCUGUGAUCUGGCUGGUAAACGUAAGCACAAGAGCACAUGAUGGAAGGAUGGUCUCUCUUGAUGCCGCUUCCUGCUGGGACUGUUGUCGAGAAAGUGGAGUGUUUCAUCUCUUUGGGAAGUAUGCAGGCGAUGCUGAUUCCGCUCCCGAUGCCUCUCAGUCUGAGUCUGUCUUCACGACUCUUGCUGAAGGACAGGGCUGGUACGCUGCUGCAAGUUCGCUGCCUUCUGAUUGGGAGACCUACGAGAUAAGAUACGGAUGGGAGGACUACCCUCAGUGUAUCAUCUACAGGGAAGCAGACAGACUUCCUCUCAACCCGUUUCGGUUUCGAAUCUCCGCGACGGCCAACAAGCAGGACCAAGAGCCUGAAGCUCUUGCUGACUUUGUCUCGAAGCCUCUCCAUGUCGUGUCAUGGUCGAGUACCUUGAGUCGAGGUCAAUCUCUCGAGAAAAUUUCAGUGUGA